AGAGAAGCAGGUAAGAAGCUGGAGCACACAUGCAGGUGAGAACUGGAGGGGAGGUGGCACCCAGAGUGUUGGGGCUCUAAAGCAUGUGGGGUGAGACCCUCAGGCAGGGUGUCCCUGGCUGCAGCCUCUCUGGGACCCUCUGUUUAUUGGAUGCCUGUGUCUCAGUGAUUUGUCCAGAGUAAAGGUGAGGCUGAGGAGUGUCCAGGCACCCUGGACAUCAGGAGCAGAGUGGAUCUGUGUCUCUCCAGGUGCCUCCCACCAAGCUCCAGGAGGAGCAGGUGCAGCAGCUGGGUUCUUCGGUGUGAACUGAAUGGGAAGAAGAGAACAGAGCAUUCUUUCUUGUCAUCUGAUCAUGAUGUCCAACAACAACAACAAAAGACAGUGACCAGAACAAUUGUCUCCUGAGGCCCAUCCUAGGAAUGAGCCAUGCUGGCCUACUCUGUAACAUCCUCUGGCCUGUUUCCCAGAAUGCUCUGGGCCCUCCUUCUACUGGCAGCCUCCCUGAAUGCCUAUAACCAUGUCUGGGACAAACCUUGUUGCACUGAGCAUGAAGUAUCUGUAAACAGAGGCAGCCGCGUGGUGAUGGCCUGUAAUAUCUCCAACAAUCUCAGAGACGUCACCAUUGAGUUGGUUACCAGUAAAAAGACUAGCAUCAUCUUCAAUCAAACGCCUCCAGGAAACUACUCUAAGGAUUCAUGGCAGCUUCAUAUUCAAGGAGGCCAGGCCCAGCUGGUGAUCACAGAUGCUCAGGGCAAACACUCAGGGGAGUACUGGUGGAAGCUGCGUGGAUUCCAGGCAGAGUUCAAAAACUUCAACCUGAUUGUUAAUGCCGCAGACAGACAGAAGACAGAGGACUUGCCAGUCACUAAGGUCCCUGAUAAGCCCCCAACUGCAGUGCGGACAGAAGUUAUCAUCAUCAUCGCCAUUGCUACCACCAUCAUCAUCACAGGAAUCGGUGUAUUCGUUUGGUACAAGCAAUUCCCUGUAGCUCCACAGAUACAAAUGUCAGUACCUUGUCUGAUUCAUGGGUCUCCUGGUAUCCCCUACCUGACACUGCCCCCCUAAAGUCUCCCAAUUCCUGCCUCAAAAGAUACUCAAGGGACCUUAGUAGCUCCAAACAUCAGGCUACAGAGAACCUCACCUGGCUAUGGCUGACAAUCCAAGCCCUGAUUGACAAGAUCACAGGAACUCUCUGUCUCCCAAGCCCUCAUUUUGACCUUGGGACAGGUAGACGUCAGAAUGGGGUCUGUACUCCUCAGGUUCCUCCCAAGACUCCAGGACAAUUUGCACUGAGGACGGCACUGUGGUUUUUAACUGAGGAUACCCUGGAAGUUGUCUGAACCCCUCCUGUACUCAAAACGUAGACUCUGUUGGGGCUUGGGGGACAUCAAAGUAUUUCAGAGUAUCCCAAGUGUGCGUGGUGUACCUGCUUAUUUGUGUAAGCUCUUUGUGCUGCAGCAUCUGUGCCUCACACAGGCCCAAGCCAGGGUCUCAGGCAGCUUUUCCCUCUCCUCUCCCCUUCCUUCCACAUGCCUUUCCUUUCUUCCUCCCUCUCUGACUCCCUCUUUCUCCGGAUGAGGAGGCUCACAGCCUUAUGGGCGAUUGGAACCUCAGGGGUAGCCCCCUGAAGAAUGACCUCCCAUUCUUGGAGGUCCCAGAACAAGGCCAACACCAUGGACUUGGAGUCCCUGUAACCCUACAAGCAUCCAUGGACCUAUCACCACCCACUGGCAACAGCAAGGAAGAACCUUGUUUGUAUUUGCUAGGCACAGUAGCCCAUGUCUCACGUCUGGGGAGAAGCACGGAAUCCCAUCAUGUCCUGCGCAGAGACAGGGACAGGCCUGAUGAUCCGGGCCUCUCUGGCUCUCAAUAACACACUUUCCCCUGUGAUCGAUACCUGCUUACUCAGAUCCUCGAUUUUUCCCAAAAUCAGCACGGCCCUCGACCCUCAGGGUUUAUCCACCCUGCCUUUUAAAGGAGGCCUGAGGUCCUUCCCUGCUAAACUCACUUCACUUCCCUAUGGUCUCCGGUGCCAGCAGGGGCUUGUGGGAGAUUCAGUACCAGCUUUGCUCCUGGCACAUAGAUCGUGUCUUCUGACUCACAGCAAUAGUUAGUUUCCCAGGUCUUGCUGUCAGGGUCCACGGUCUUAUGUGAGAAAUAGAGGUCCAAAAUGAUGCAUCACCACAUUCCUACCACUAGGUGGUGGUGUGGGCCUGUCUGCGGGGAAACCUCAGGGACAAGGAGCUCACUGAGGGGCCGAGGCCUGCUAGUGGGCACCGCUUUUGUGGGAGGAUAGCUGGACCUUCAAAUUCCCCAUGAACCUCUUUGUAGACCCUCUCCCUGACUCUCUACUUACCUCCGCCCUCACCUGCUGUUCCUCUCGGGCUAGUUUAUCUUCUUUACUCUAAUACCAACUUGAACAAUUUAGUCUUAAAUACACUGUAAUUCAUUCUUCAGUAAAAUACUUCAUGAUGCAAAUCUUAAAUAAAUAUAGUAAGUCAAUGAUUCUAUAAAGCCA